CUACACUGGACAAUACGGACAAUAUAUCUAAGAUCUAAAUUUAGUCAAAACCUAAUUAAAUGAAAUGUCUCAAGCCGCGUGCAUUUUGACUUUUUGAGACCCGCGUCACUCAAUAUCUUGAAAAAAGGAGGAAAAAUGCUAACAAGGAGAGCAAUGGUUUAUUUUCUUAACAUUAUUACCUUUUUACAAAUGGCAACAAAUACCAAGUAUCGGGUGUCAUGCAAUGGAGGAUCAUCAACUAUUUUUAUCUCAUUUUUGUCCCGCACGUGCGAAUAUUUUAAUAUUUCAUGAAGUAGAGCACAUCUCAUGGCAGGCUUGAAAAUGGUCAAACAUUUAUUCUACGAUGUGGACAAAUGACGAGAGGUCGUUAUGCGUAGAGUCCUACAUUUUGACAAAAUCUCUGGACGAAACCCGGCGCCGACGAAACCUGCAGCAAGUCAGUCUACCAAUAAUUAGGCAACGCGGUGGAGCUCCUCUUGUGCAUCUCCUCUAAUGAUCUGCUAUGCUUCUUGUGGCAUCGAAUGAUGCAGUGUUUGGUAUUUUCAAUUUUGCCAUUUCCUUGUGCGUCUGAUCGUAAUUCGUACCAGUAAAAUACCUAUCAUACUCGUAUGUGAAAUAUAAGAACAAAUGGUGAAAAAAUCAUGACCAUUUAUUUAAUGACGCAAGGUACGCAGCCAAAGAUCGCAGCAAUUCUACACACACGCUCAGCUCGUUGGCCGCCCCUGCCCUCCGUCAGCAGCGUCGCGUCGUCGCCGACUCGCGGCGCGGCGGCGGUGGCGCGCACGUGCAGGCCAUGGGUGGUCACCAGGUGGCGGCGGCUGCCGGCCGGCCGCGCGGCGCGCGCCCAGUCGUCUCAUCCCGGUACUUUCUCUCGCGGGAGGCAAGGUCAGAGGCUGAUCUUCGCGCUGCAAGCACGGGACCGGGCCGGGCCAGCCCCUCCCCCGCGGCCGUGACGCCGGCCGCACGGUAUAAAGCUGGCCGGCGUCGGUGGAUCCUCACAUUCGAGUAGUGGCCAUCUACUCAGUGGCACAACAAGAACACUAGGAUGCGCUCGUUGCUGGCUCUGACAUGUCUGGUGGCGUCGGCGCUGGCUGCGCCGCAGUUUGCCGGCCAGCCGUACCUGCCGCCUCCGACGCCCAGCUACCCCAACCCGUCCACAUCGUGUCCGCCCGUUAACGACGUCUACCGCACCACCUACGUCACCAACACCGUCAACCGGGACGUGGUGCGAACCAGCCAGGUGGUGGUGCCGCAGACCGUCUACGUGACACGCACGCAGGUGGUGCCCACCGUACAGACGCGCCAGGUCGUGUCCACCCAGAUCGUGGCCACCACCCAGCUCCAGCAGGUCGUCUCCACGGUCGUGCGCACCUCCAUCGUGACGCAGAGCCGUCGCGGCCAGGAUCGCGUCAUCCAGCAGACGGUCACCCGCACUGUGCCUGUCGUGCGGACCAUCACCGAGACGCAGACGCGCGUCCUGACGCAGACGGUGCCGCGAGAGGUCGUGACGACGCGCGUCUCCACGCAGGUGGUGCAGCAGACGCGCCAGGUGCCGCAGAUCUCCACCCAGACCAGCGUCGUCCAGCGCCAGCUGCCCGACCAGACUCAGGUGCGCACCCAGUACGUCACGCAGACGGUCGUGCGGACCCAGACGCUGCCGGCGCAGACGGUCCUGCGCACCGUCACGCAAACGCAGACGAUCGUGCAGACGCAGACGCAGCGGCUGCCCGCCCAGACCGUCACCGUCUCGCGCACCCAGGUGCUGACGCGUACCCAGGAGGUGGUCAGCACCCAGUACGUGCCGCAGGUGGUCACGCAGACGCAGACCAACUACAACACGCAGAUCCGCACCGCCUACCGGACGCAGCAGGUCCAGGUGACGUCCACCAGCGUGCAGCAGCGCGUGCUCUCGCAGACCCAGGUGCGCACCGAUGUGCGCCAGCGCACCGUCACCCAGACCGACUACCGGACGGCCACCGUCACCAGCGUGCAGCAGCUGCCCGGACAGACGAGCACGCAGACGCGCAUCCAGUACGUCACGCUCACCCAGCAGGUGCCGGGCGCCACCCGCACCAUCGUACAGACCCGGACCAACGCGCGCACCGUCACCCAGACGUCCACCGUGGUGCGCGCCCAGGUCAGCACCGUCUACCGCACCCAGGUGGUCAAGGCGACCUGCGGAUACAACUACGACGCGCCCAGCAACCCGCUCCAGUUCUAGACACGCCCUCCACCAUUCGCCCCGCCAUCAAUUGUUACAAUAACUUAUGUUGUCACGUGGUCAGACAACAGCCGCGCACAUUCAGUGUAACCGUGUAAGAGUGUGGACAUCUUCAAAGCCAAACGUCUCAUACACAGCUGUAACGAAAUAAAAGUGUCCAUAAAAACAGA